AUGUUAUUCGCUCUCGCCCUCAUCGUCAUCCCGGGGAUAUUCGUCAAUGCGCUUCAAGUGCUUACCUUGCUUGUCCGACCAUUUUCCCUUCCACUUUUUCGCAAGCUCAACAGGGAGCUUGUCAACCUGCACUGGCCUCUGCUGGUCUGGCUGAUCGAGGGCUGGGCGGGGGUGAAGCUCAAGCUGUACGGGGACAAACUGCCGCACAACGAGACCAUGAUCGGCAUCCUGAACCAUCGCAGCGAUGUCGACUGGAUGAUUGGCUUCGCGUUGUGCGGGCGAAAAUGCGUCUUGGGGGCGUUGAAAGUGAUUGUGAAGACAGCGCACCUCAUGAUCCCUGUGUUCGGCCUCAUGGAGUACUUCGUCGAGUUCAUCUUCGUCAAGAGAAACUGGCAGGAGGACAAGGCAGCGUUGGAGAAGGGCCUGCUCUCCUUGCAGACGUUUCCGAAACCCUUCUGGUUCAUUAUCUUCCCUGAAGGAACUCGUUACAGCCAAAAGAGAAAGGAGGCGAAUCAGGUGUGGGCGAGAGAAAACGGCAAGACGCCGCUAGAGCACGUGCUGUGGCCGAGAGCCAAGGCAUUCGUGAUGGCGACGCAAACGCUCAAGGGGACGGUAGACGCGAUCUACGAUGCCACGAUGAUCUUUGAGAAGGAGGUUGGGGAGGAGCAGAGGCUUCUACGAGGUCUUGAGCAACUGCAGGUCACGUUCUUCGACCUGCUCAAGGGACGAGGCAACACGGUCGUUCACUUCUACGUAAAGAGGUGA